AAGUAGUUUCACAGAAACAAUUCAAUUGCAAUUCUUGCAAAGUUAUGGCGGAGAUAUAUUCGUCUGAUAUUUUACGCAUUGUAAUAGCAGAAAUAGCCCAAACUAUUGGGUACAGCAAUACUCAAAAUGCUUCUUUGGAGUUAUUAGAAGAUAUAUUAUUACGGUUUGUGAAAGAACUGUCUCGUGAUCUACACAGUCAAGUUGAACAUGCAAAUCGUAUUGAACCAAGUAUUAAGGACGUUCAGCUGUGCUUUGGCAAUCUUGCAAUCGACAUUCACGAAUUACUCGAUUAUGUGGGAAAUGUUGAGCCAGUGCCAUUCGUUAGAGAAGUUCCCGAAUAUCCAGUAAAGAGAAACUCAAAUAUGAAUUUUCUUAAACCUGGUAGCGCAGAGACUCUGACACGACCAGUUCACAUAUUUGAAUAUCUUCCUGCCGUGCUGCCCUCUUCGGGACGAAUUUCAGCAUCCUCUUCCGCAUGCCAUAAUCCGUCUGAAAUCGAUCAUUUAUCCCUCAAUUAUCAGCAAAAAUGUGCAGAUAAUUUGUUAUCAGCGGAAGGAGAGCAAGGCGCUCCGAACAUGCAUAAAUGGUGCAGGCAAAUGGAAUCAUCCAUAUCAUUAAAACAACCAACCGUAGAUAACACUGAUAGCAUUGAUGGUCAUGCAGUGCGGACAAUCAACAGCGUUGUAAUGACAACUGGAGGUUUUAUUUCACCGGCCAUCGAAGGAAAGAUGCCAGAAGCCUUUAUUCCUCCUAUUAUUGAAAAAUUAAAAGGCUUAGACGCUCCGCCUAUUUUGCCGCCCCUUGUUAUUCUAGAUACUAAAAAUUCUAUUACAUUAGAAAUUGGGCUUAACGAAAAGAAUCAAGCAGCAAAAGACAAUGCUGUUGUGGAACGCAAACCCCUAACUGAAGACAUAUUUCUUUUACAUGAAAUUUCGACAGUUAAAAAAACUGAAAGCAAAAAUCUGGAUGAAGAAGCUAUUGGUUCAGUACAAGGCAAUCAAUCCAAACCCACAAAGAGCCAAAAGAAACAUUUAUUUGGUGCGGAAUUAAAUAAUAGUAAAGCACAAGAAAAAGCCCAUCGUAAAGCAUUAAAAAUAUAUCAAAGAUUAUCGAAAUCUCAGGUUGAAGAUGAGGCUGGACUUAAAAAAUCUUUGAAGCAUUUAAAUCGCGCAGGGAUGUUGUCGACAUUAUCAUCAGACACCAGGACAACGGCAGCGGACCGAACUUAUGUAGAAAAAAUCUUAAAGAAGCAAACAAAGCGACAUAAACAACUAAAAAGCCAGAAACAACAGCAACAUAUACAAUUUAUGUCUAAGCAGCUCUCAUUAGCAACUAAUGAUGAAUUUUCCAAUGCCAGACUCAAUCAUCCAGUGGUGAUGGCAGCUUCUAUGCCUUCUCAAUCCAUACCAAUGCUAUCCAUUGAAUCAUCAACGGUUGGGAAUAUGUUUGGCAGUUCGACUGUGGAACCAUUAAGCGCCGAUAUAUUGUCAUCAGAUGUUGGUCAAAGUCAACAGAUGCACUCACCGAAUGAUUUACUCUCCGAUGAUGUCAAACUUGGCAACGAACCAGACCGCAAUAAAUUAAAUAUUUUUAAAAAAUUAUCAAAGUCAAAGCCAACGAAGUCUCUCUCACCAAGUGCAUUACACACAAUGGCAUCGCAUUUAUUAAGUGAUACAGGCAAUGGCUCAUCAACCAUAAAUUUGCCGUCUGGAACAACUAUAACCCCAGAACCGGCUUUGAAUUUCACCGAAAAUUAUGUGACAUCAAAUUUAACAUCAACAACAACACUGAAGGAGCAAACAAUUACAACUCAAUCUGUGUUGACAUCUAGUCUAACUGAACUUACUAUACCUAAAAAACGUGGACGUAAGCCAGGUGUAAAGAAUAUUUCUGCACGGUCAAAAAUUCCCAAUGAGCAUGUUUUAGCCAAAAAAAUCAGGUCUAGCAAAUUGAAUGCUACUACCACAGUAUCAUAUCCACCAGCGAAUUCAUCCAUAAACACAGCUCAUCUAUCAAUACAAACGGAAUCGACAAAUUCGAUUCCAUCACAACACCCUGAAAAAUUAUCAAAUAUAUUGCCACACAAUUUAGAUAAAGUAAUUGGCGAAGAAGAUCGGGAACAAUCAAUUACCUUUUUACCUAUUAGCAAUGAGACUGCUAAAAAUAUGAAAUUAAAAAAAAUUAAAGAAAAGCAAGAGAAAAAAAAGCGAAAGACCAAAUAUAAUCAUCUAGUACCUAGUGAAAAUUCAAUUCAAAAUAAUAGUGAACUUGAAGGAAAUAAGAAGUUUCCUUUUAUGGAUGUUGAUAUAAAAAACACACAAACACUUUCGAUUACUAAGGAGUCUGUUGAAUUUAAUCAAAUUCCAUCAUCAAAGUCACCUACAAAUGCGAAUGCAAUUAAACAUUUCUCAUCGAAUUUGUUGUCACCAGCAAGUAGUGUUCAUGGCUAUAUGACCGGUAUAGGCACGUUGCCUAUUCUAUCUUUUCCACCUCGGCCGGGUCUUAUACCUUCCGGAAUCUUUUCACCCACAAGUCUCGCAAAUUUGAACAAAAAUAACAAAAUAUCGCAUUCAUUCAUGACCUUACCGGACACAAUAAGCAGGUCAUCAUCAGCAAUUGGAUACGGAUCAUCAUUACAUGAAACAACGUCAGAAAAAAAAUCAACCGAAAUAUCCAUGCUUCCGCUGAGUGAUUCGCAUACGGAGCGCAGCUAUUGCAAUGUGGCUCCUUUAGUGCCAGAAUCAAUGAAAAUGACAGUUUUAUCUAGUGAUGGACAUAAACUCAAAUCGGCGAAUGCUUCAAUAGAGGGGGAAGGUAUGGAAAUCAAAUCUGGAAAAAACGUCCAGGGUUUAUCAAAAAGUGCGCACUUUAAUCAACGCCUUGGAAUUCGAUCAAAGGGCCAGCAUGAUAAGCUAUUGAUUAACAAAUUGGAGAAAUCAAAAACAACAAAAGUUGGCACUGGCAAACUUGGAGAUCCUAUAGAAGUUUCCGAUGAUUCAAAUGAUAAUGAUGAAUCCAAUAUCCAACAAAAAACGGACAAAAUCAAUAGUGAUGGAUUUUUACACAGUUCAAAAAAAUUUGAUAUCUCACAUCCACACUCAGUAAUCUCAAACCCCUCUUCUAUUGCCGCCGACUUUAACCAAUUUAAAAAAUUGGCCACAAUUAAAGUAAAUCCACUUGAAUGUUCGAGUCCAUUGUCUGUCAUACCGCAAUCCUCAUCAUCAGCUUUCAAUAUUAAUUUUAUGGGCAAUGACAAGUUUAGCUUGGCCGGCGGUGCAGAUCUGAUACCAUUAUCAUGUGUCGAUAGCGGCUUGGCAUACUCCUCAAGAACUGUACCAGUUACUAGUCUAACGGCAGGUGCUACAUCUGAGUCAUCCGUACAAACUCAUGGUCUGUCUUCUGAACAUAGCUUUGUAUGUAAUAUGGUUAAUUCCAUUAAUUAUGAUGAUAUAACGAUAACUCCAACAAACAAUUUAAACAACAGUUUAAGUGAUUUGAAGCUCCACAAACUGCACAAGAAACCAAAGAAAACGAAGGAGGGUAAGAGCAAAAAAAAGAAAGACAAAAAGGAUAAAACUAAGAGUAAAGAUAAAGGUGAUGACAAGAGUAUGUCAAUGGUUGAGAAACCUAAAAGUGUGGAUAAGAAACAAAAAAAGGACAAGAAAAAAGAUAAAUUGUUUGAUAUUUGUAAAUUUGUUACUCAAGCUGGAAGAUGUGGAGAAGCAAUUUCUUAUCAGGAUUCUAGUCUAAAGUCCAAACGAAUGUUUUUAUGCAACUAUCGAAGGAUAAUCUAGACUGCAGUAACAAAGAAACUCCGUUAAAUUCUGGUCUUUUUUGUCGGAUCCGUUGAAGUCGCCGAUUCAGGGACAAUUCCCCAAACAACCAUCCAAGAAGUAGCGACACUAACACAUCAUUUGCCCUUACCCAAGUUAGAUUUGUCACCCAACCAGGUGCCAAAGCUUACACUUAAGCUAGGUGGAAAAUCAAAUCCAACUUCUCCCAAUCAAUUUGAUGACGUUCAGCAAGAUUCACAAAUAUCAAUGAUACCGACGCAUCCAAUUGCUUUGACUCUAAUUCCAACGAAGACUACAAAAAAAGGAGCAUUCGCCAGAAUUGGCACGGUUUUCGCCACUUGUCACUGGACCGCCGAAACCCAAGCAAUGUGAAACACAAGCUGUAGUUUCGACUACGGCGCCUCCGCCUGUGUCUGGUUUUCUUUCAUCGGAUGUUAUGCUGGAAAAUACAAAUAUGAUAUCAAAUGAUCCGGCUCAAAGCAACUGGUUGAUAACAGCAGCAGAUACGAGCGCUUCUCCAAACUGUUCGGCAACACUAUCAGCAAGUUCUGUCUUAUUGCCUCAGCAAUUGCUGCAAGCUGUACCAAA